AUGGCUCCCAUCCCGAUCCGUCACGAUGACCGUGAGCAUCACAUGGAGGCUGGACUCUUGAGCACUGCGGACCAGGAGAAGAUUGUUUACAUCCGGGAACUCGGCGACCAGCGUCUAUCAGAGGAGCUCGACCGGACCCAGGAGGAACCUUCCCGUAGGAUGUCGCCCUCCCGCAAGCUCGCCACGGCCGUCGUCUUUGGUCUUUUUGUCGGCUUGGGCCUCACCAUCGCCAGGGACUCCACCGUUCGGAGGAGAUGCCAUGAUGUUGUUCAUGGCGUUUCGGACCACCAGGCCAAGGUCAUCAUGGUCGACGUCCCCGAGGUGAAGACUGCGUCUCCCGACCUUCUUCACAGGCUUUUGCAUGCCUAUCUCCCCGAGAGGUUCAAGGAUGGCGUGUAUCCUUCGGACGAUCAUGCUCUCAAGGCGGUCCACGCGGAGGAUCCUGCCGUGGGCACCGUUCUGGCCGAGCUGGCCAAGCGUCAGGAGGGUGGCGGCAACACGACGUCCCCUGGCGGUGGUGCUGUCAGCCAAACGCCUACGCCUACGCCUACGCCUUCCUCGACGCCGACACCGACACCAACGCCUUCUACGCCAUCCACGAGCAGCACGCCGCCGUCCACCUCGCAGACGCCGCCGUCCUCGACAUCAACGCCUAGCCAGUCGACUCCUAGCAGCACCAGCGUGUCCACCCCUUCGCCUACUUCGAGCACCCCUAUCCCACCAACCUCCAGCUCGACUCAGGCUCCCCCUCCUACCUCCACCCCGUCAAGCACUUCGGAAAGGCCCUCCAGCACAUCGACCCCCUCCCAGGAGCCCUCUUCUUCCUCUGGUACGUCUACGGCUCGCGAGCCAACCAGCUCGGCGUUUUCUUCCUCUACGAGUGCUCCAGUGUCCACGUCCUCUUCUUCCACAGCGACGUCUGAAUUACCUCCGACGACGUCGACAUCCACGCAGCAAACAACUGUGGCAGACUCGUCCACACCUGCUCCUACCACCACCCAGGAGACCAUCACCACCGGCUCCAUCACCACCUCGAAACCCGUGCGAAAGACGCUGACCACGACACUGCCCGAUGGAGGCGUCACCACCCUCACGUCUACGUCGUGGGUCGCCGUCGUCCCGACUGGCUCGCCCAGCGGUACCUCCGGCAACCCAGACCUGCAGAACGCUGCCCCUCGAAGCCAAGGCGCUGCCGGUCUUGCCGUAGCGGCUGGGGCGGUUUUGGCCGGAGUCAUGCUGGCGUAG